AUGCACAAUAGUAACUCAUCUGCUCAAGAAGAAGAAACAUUUCGAGUUCGAAGAUUAGAGAUCACAGAUAAAAGCAAAGGUUUUAUUGAAUUACUGCAACAACUCACUCUCUGCGGCGAUAUAUGUGACAAGAAAUUCCAAGCUCGAUUCGAAGAGCUUAGUUCAUAUGCCGAUGAUCAUCUUAUAUGCGUAAUCGAAGACCAUCGUACUGGGAAGAUCAUAGCGACUGGGAGCGUGUUUAUUGAAAAGAAGUUCAUAAGGAAUUGUGGGAAAGUAGGUCACAUUGAAGAUGUUGUGGUCCAUUCCAAUGCUCGAGGGAUGCAAUUGGGAAAGAAAAUCAUUGGGUUCCUCUCUGAUCAUGCUCGUUCAAUGGGUUGUUACAAGGUGAUCCUUGAUUGUAGCGUUGAAAACAGGGAAUUUUACGAGAAGUGUGGUUUCAAGCAAAAAGAAGUCCAGAUGGUUAGGUAUUUCAUUUGAAGUCUGGAUUAACAGUGAUGAUUUAAUGAAUGUAAGUUGUAUCUUGUUUUGAAUAGUGAUCUCUCUUACUUAUUCUUAACAACUACAUGAAAGAAUUGACUAUGCACUAAUUUAUAUGUCUCCACAAAUGGGGUUGAAUUCUAUUCCUGAUGGAAGAAUUUCCAUUUUGAUCCAUAGAGUCAAGGAUUCAGUGGUUGGCUUAUUCGCAAGUUCAAACCUCGUUGUCUCCUCCUUUUGUAAAUGCUGAUUAAAAAAAAAAAUCCAUAUAGUCAUCUAGGCAAGUAACUCUUGAUUAAGUUGAUUUACAGAAAGAAAACCUAAAGAAAGGGAAAGAAGAAAAGACACCAAUAUUGUCAAUGUUAUUGGUAUUUCGUGAUUCGCUGUAAGCAUGCCAUGUUCUUUCCAUUGAAAGAAAAGUACUUCAUUCUACCAUCAGCCUAUGACACAAAACAGUUUUUUAUAGGGAAAGCUGCAUAGCAUUACCAAAAUGCAAAAUGGAAUCAAUUUAUAUCAACUUUUUUUUAGUAACCAUCAUACGCAUCAAAUAUACUUGACACAACAAACCAGUGUCUCAACUAUCUGGGGUUGGUUAUAUAAUACUAUUCCUUCAAUGUAUUCUUGGUCAUAUUUUCUAUUAAAUUGCAAAUAGACGAAGGAAAUAUAAAAUAUACUAUCAGUGGAUCUUACCAUAUUCAGCAAGCAUCUCCUUAAGUUUCUGUUUCUAGUUUAUGUAUUUGACUUUAUGGUGGUUCUGUAUCCUCAAAGUUUUGCCUUCAACUUCUACCCAACUUUGCAAAUCGAAUUCUUUGAAAACCGGAUAUGUAGGUGAGUUGAGGACCUUGAACUACACACAAUGAGAAAAAAAAGAGGACCUUGAACUACUUGAGCUAGUGAGAGUUUUAUUGUUUUAUUGGUGACGUGUUGCCAAUUCCAUCGAUUUCUAUAAGAAUGGUGCGUGGAAAUUUGAGGUAUGUUUAAUAUUAUUAGGCCAAUUGCUUGAAGGAGCAAAGUAAAAACCAAUUUCAAAAAUCUAAACUGAAAUUGCUUUGGUUAUUCUUUGGGUUAUAAAAUGGAUUUUGGAAAAAUUAUAGGAUAGUGUAUCAUUAACCCUUUUUCAUAAAAUAUAAAAACUCGAAACAUUUUUAUCAUAAAUGUGAAACAUGUUUGUGCAAUUCAAUUAUGCACCUGUGAUUGGUCUUUUUAACGGUGAGAAUGAAUUUUAGCUAUGAUUGGCGGAGAGGCCUUUCACUUGACUUGGUUUUGCAAUAUUUUCUGCAAUUUUUACAACUAGUGUACUCAUGAACAUGAAUCCUGAAAAUCAUGAGGACCAAGGAAAGGUCAAAGGAUUGUGUAUUGAUGUUGCAAUGAAAGACGUGCAUAUCAUGAAAUUAAGGGAGGAUAUGGUGCUAAAAGAAGCCCUCUGGAGAAGUUGAGUAAACCAUGUAUCCAUUGAAGUUUGCUUCUAUUUUGGCCAUAAAAUAGCUUUUACUGAAGAUGUAUGGGCUAAAUUCAGAUUAAGGUAUGCAGG